AUGCCAGAACCGUCUCGGAAACCAUCAGAACAGGAGCAGGAUCAAUCUGAGACGGGUCCACCGACAAACAAGAGGAGACGUAUUGGCUUAGCAUGUAAUGCGUGUCGGUCACGCAAGUCGAGAUGCGAUGGACAGCGCCCGUCGUGUUCGUCGUGCCUGUCCCUUGGCUUCGACUGCUUGUACGAGCCUGGCGACUCUGCCACGAAUGUCAUUGUUCGGAAAGACUAUGUAUCCGACCUUGAACAGCGCGUCAGCUCUGUCGAACAUAAUCUCCAGCGGUUGAACGAUGUUCUCAAGGGCCAUCUCUCACCUUGUAAUAACACGAAUGCCUCACCAUGUCACCAUGGGAACAUCAACGUCGGCUAUUCUAUGCCUUCACCUGCACCGACUGCGCCGACCAAAGCGUCAGCGUCAGCGCCAUCGCAAGCAGAAACAGGCACAUGCGCGACAAGCCUGGAAGAGCCUCAGGACGAGGAAGGCAUCCUCAAUGGAAUGGCCAUGACGUUUGUCGAGGAAAAGACAUCGGCGUUUUAUGGCGAAGCCUCCAACAUUAACUUUACGCAACUGCUUCUUCGUGCCAUCGCGGUUGCCCACCACUCACCGGGUGCACCGUCCGGGCUCGACAGAGCUUCUGUGCUGGGAGAAAGUGUCGUAGCCAGUGUCUCUCAAAGCAAAGGCUCUUUGGGAGGCUCAGUAACACCGCUAGACUCACUGCCCACCGCCCUGCCGUCUGUCGAGGAGAUGGACACUCUGCUCGAUCUGUACUUCGACACAGCCGGUAUUGUCUUCCCCUUCAUCCACGAGGAAACGAUGAGGAAGACAUAUAAUGAAUGCAGACUCAACGGCUUCACGAGAGCUCGCAGAACCUGGCUUGGAACUCUGAACAUGGUAUUCGCCAUGGCGAGCAACUUUGAUAGGGACUACACCACGUCGUCCAAGAAGCGCUUCGAGAGGUCUAACGCUUUCUACAAAAGAGCCCUGGGUCUCUGUAACGAACUAUCCAAGCGUGUUAUAAGUUUGGAAAUAGUUCAUUACCUGAUCUUGGUCGUUCUUCAUUGCCAGGGAACUUCGCGCUCUGUGCAGGCCUGGAACAACUACGGCCUUGUCAUCCGAUCAGCUAUGGCGCUAGGACUUCACAGCGAGUCCACUGAGAGGGCGCUUGAUCCUGUACAGAAAGAGUAUCGUCGUCGGACCUGGGUCGUAAUUUACUGCCUUGAUAAGGUACUAAGCACGGCUGUGGGUAGACCUGCGAGCAUCCCAGAUGAGCAGAUGACAAGACGAGAGUCAGCAUCUGGAUGGUCACCGUCAAUUUCCGGUGAUGCUGCCGAUCUACCUGGUGAUUUCUUAGCUGUGUCAUUCAAAAUGUACCAGGUGAUGAGCAAGUCUCUGGCCAUCCAGUACGGUGCAAAUCUCGAUCACGACUCAGAACCUGAUGAGAUGGCCCAUCUCAAAGCCUCAGGCGAACUCCGCAAGCAGCUCCGGCUCUGGGCAGCCAAUCUCCCUCCACAUCUUCAACUGUGCGACGUUGAGUCGGAUGUUCUUUUGCAAAACACAAAAGCGAAUAGACUUCGUGUUAUUCUGACCAUGAGAUACCAUAGUCUGAGUAUUCUCAUACAUAAACCACUGCUAAGCGCUACGAUUCGACAUUUGUUCCGACAAGACGACGCAGCAAAUGACACUUCGUCGUACUUAAUACAGCUCGCCAUGGCCGAAGCUCAUGAAUGCAUUCGCUCUGCACAACUUACGAUUGACAUUGUUCAUUCUGUUAUCAGUGUAGACGCAACGAGCAAGAAUAAUCUCGGAGUAUGGUACUUCACACUCUACUAUGUCUUCACAGCCUCACUGGUCAUCUGUGGGCGAUUACUCUGGGCCCAGCAUGGAGACACUGUAGUUGACGAAGCAUCUGUCAGCCACAUGAAGUUCCUCCUCAGCAAAGCAGAAACGAUAUUUCUCAACUUGGAUCACGAGAAUAGCCUCGUGCUGAGUUGUCUUGAAUACAUCCGUAGACUCUCACGAAUGUGCGGCAUACGAGAAACUGCCCCAGACGCAGCAUCAACUUCGAUCCACGAUAACGGGUCGAGCUCUGCUGGUUCUGCAGACGCUAUGUCUUUUAAUCUCGAUAGCAUGGAUCCAUUUCAGCUUUUUGCGUCGGAAAUGUUUGAUCCGGCAGUUUUUGAUCAUUUUCAUCAAUCUCCUGUUGAUGGCAUGAGUUUUGUGAACGGGUUAUGGGACGGGUUUCCCUGUGGCGGAUAA